CCCAUUGUCUGCAAACCCUUCUUGAAGACCUGGUUUCUCCGGGUACCUCAAGAGCUCAACCAUGUCUGCAAGCACAACCCCCAAAGCAGAGACUCAGAAGUUCCCUGGAAACUGCACCCUGGAAAAGGCCUUGGACACCAUUGUGAAUGUCUACCACCGUUACAGCAUCCGGGAGGGCAAGCUCGACCUCCUCAGCUUCAAUGACUUCAAGACCCUGAUGAAGGAGCAGGCACCAAACUUCCUGCAAGUCUGUGACAGGAGCCGUUCUGGCUACCUGAAGCAGCUCUUCCAGGAGACAGACUUAAACAAGGACAAAGAGCUGACUUUUGAGGAGUUUGUCAUCGUCUUGGCCAAGGUGACCGAUGACGCCCAUCGCAUCAGCCACGGGCAGGACCGCUGUGGGCCAGACAAGGAUUGA